AUGGUAUCAAAGCAAGUUCACCACCUUCACGCCCAACUCCUUCGAGUCGAUGAGUUUCCCUUUUGUGUGCAUUUGGUCAACUGGGAGAAGGAGAAUGUCUCCAGUGAGGCACUGGAAGCUGCACGUAUUGCGUGCAACAAAUACAUGACCAAGUUUGCUGGAAAGGAUGCAUUUCACUUGAGAGUGAGGGUACACCCAUUCCAUGUUCUGCGUAUUAAUAAGAUGCUUUCCUGUGCCGGAGCUGAUAGGCUCCAGACUGGUAUGCGAGGAGCUUUUGGUAAGCCUCAAGGAACAUGUGCACGUGUGGCCAUUGGUCAGGUCCUCCUGUCUGUCCGCUGCAAAGAUGGAAACAGUCAUCAUGCCCAGGAAGCUCUGCGUCGUGCAAAGUUCAAGUUCCCUGGUCGUCAAAAGAUCAUUGUUAGCAGAAAGUGGGGAUUCACCAAGUACAACCGUGCUGGAUUCAACUGGGAGAAGGAGAAUGUCUCCAGUGAGGCACUGGAAGCUGCACGUAUUGCGUGCAACAAAUACAAGACCAAGUUUGCUGGAAAGGAUGCAUUUCACUUGAGAGUGAGGGUACACCCAUUCCAUGUUCUGCGUAUUAAUAAGAUGCUUUCCUGUGCCGGAGCUGAUAGGCUCCAGACUGGUAUGCGAGAAGCUUUUGGUAAGCCUCAAGGAACAUGUGCACGUGUGGCCACAUGGUCAGGUCGUCCUGUUUGUCCGCUGCAAAGAUGGAAACAGUCAUCAUGCCCAGGAAGCUCUGCGUCGUGCAAAGUUCAAGUUCCCUGGUCGUCAAAAGAUCAUUGUCAGCAGGAAGUGGGGAUUCACCAAGUACAACCGUACUGA